AUGGAUGUGAAUAUUCCACUUCAUUACCACUAUGGAAAUAUGCCAGAGCAUGGGAUCCCCUAUCCUUAUCCACAAUCCCGCGCAGCUGCACCAGCCCCAUGGUACCCGAAUCCGUAUCCCUACCAACAUGCACCCCACACUGCCGCGUUUCCUUAUUCCCCUCAGGCUCCACCCUGGCAUGAUUCUAAUCGACCAAUGAAUGUCAAUGUUUAUAACUCCUGCCCAAAUCCGAUAAGCUCGGGGAAUGCGCCACAAAAUGAGAAGAAGGGAGGUGGAGGAGAUCAGAAGCAAAAGCAAAGUCAGAAUCAAGCUGACCAACUCGAGGGGGAUGAUAAGAGUAAUAAACACAAUCAGAACACCCAAAGUCAGAAGGGUGGUGGUAAGAAAGGAGGCGACAAAGCAGACCCAAGAAGGGUGGGGUGGCCUUUGACAGUACUAACCGGCUCCGGUAAUGAUCGUCUCACCUACGACCUUCGCGACGUGCCUUAUCGUGCCAUACUUCAUCGUGCUACUCCUACAUUGUCUGCCUCUUACCCUCACCAAUUUCAACCAACCAGUACGCUGCUGCCUCAAACCCUGCGCAACGCCGGAUUGUUCUCUCCUCCUGUUGACUCCAUUUGGAUAAUAUCCCGUCAUUUCCCUUGGUGCAUUCACGUAACUGGGUCGCCCUAUCUAGUGCUGGAUAACCUCCUCACUCAGCUUCAUGAGGAGUUGUGGAGGUUUGUUCAGGAGAGUGAGUACUGGGCAACAACUGAUGAAAAGCGUCUUGAAGUCGCAGCUGCCUGCCGUUCCAACUGUGCAUCUGCGGCAAAAAUCGCCCCACCCACAUUUACAUACGGUGCAUCAUCAGAUUCGUUACCUGAAUCCUCAACUUCUCUUGUUGCUCGGUCGCUCACAUCUCGUCCGCGAGACGUGGUUGAUGGAAUUAGGCGUAUUGACUGGCUGGUUGACCAGACUGUGUUUGUGGGACUCGAAAAAGAUGAUGAAUUCGUAGCGUUACGGGUUCAAGAUAAAGAAAGGCAUCCUUCGACGUGGGUUUUGACAUUAGCCUCAAACGCGGCUUCUCGUUCGCAGAUGGACCACAACUCUUUAAUCCGGACUUAUUCACUUAUGCACCAUAUUCCUAAUGACCCGGUCUUACUGCUCCGUGCAAGUUCUGUUUGGUGA